AUGGCGACGUCUGCAACAGCUGCGGCGCCCACCACGACCAUCCUCGGGAAGCGCAAAGCGACACAAUCGUACAUCAUCCACCUCUCCGCCUCCGAUGUCGAUCCUGACGUGAACACCGACACGAACACACAUCUCCACACCGAUGGCGACGCCGAGUCUUCGUAUGCGUCUGAUGCCGCCGCGGGACCAUCUGCGUCUAAGAAUGGGAGACAGAAUGCGCGGAGGACUGCGAUGGGGGGUGAGAGAGCGUAUCGAUGUGUGUUCGAGGGGUGCGGCAAGGCGUACACGAAGCCGUCGCGUCUCGCUGAGCACGCGCGCUCGCAUACCGGACAUAAUUCGUCCAAUCCGUGGAUUGUCGCGUCACUCCUGCUCUGGAAUUUCGCUGAUAGCGUGCGUCUAGCGCCCAUAUACAUGCCCCUCCUGCCCCAAAUCCUAUCUCCGCGAUACCCAUCUCGCCGCACACGCGCGCACGCACCUCUCCACUUCUGCGCGCCCACUCCCGUGCGCCGAGGUCGGAUGCGAAAAGCGCUUUUGGACACAGCAGCACCUGAACGCGCACGUCGAGGUCAUUCACAGGGGUCUGAAAGGCUACGAGCGGAACACGCGCCUCCUGGCAGUAAGCCAUAUCUGUGCACGCACAGCGGGUGCACAAAGUCGUUUGCGACCGCACAGAAACUACGUGCGCACGCGAAGGUACACGACGGUCAGUCGUCACCGCGUCAUCGCCCUUCUAGAGCUCCGAACAAAAAUUUGACACGUUCACCCUGUAUGCGUGUAGAGAAGAGAUACACGUGUGUGCAUCCUGGGUGUCUCGCUCCCGUCGCGCUGCCCGCGCUCUCUUCUGAUCCAGCGGAGCCGGCUUACUUCCCUACCUGGACCGCGCUCCAGCACCACAUCCGCACGGCGCAUCCGCCGAUGUGUCCGCGUGCCUCCUGUGAUGGGCGCACAUUUGCAUCGCACGCGGGGCUCAGGGCGCAUCUGAAGGUGCACGCGGAUGCAGAUGCGGAGGCUGGAGAGGAUAGAGGCAUAGAGAGACGGGACAGCGGAGGACAGGACAGCGGCGACGACGAGGAGAACCGGCUGAGAAAGCGACGGCGCGGGGGCGAGCUCGGGAGAGAUUGGAAAUGCGAGGAGGACAGGUGCGGGAAGGACUUCAAGUCUAAAAAAGCGCUCACGACGCACCACACCAUCACGCACCUCGGUAGGCGCGACUUUGUGUGCCCCGAAAUCGGGUGCGCGCGGGCGUUCGGAUACAAGCACAUACUGCAGCGGCAUGUCGCGCGCGUGCAUGUUGCUGGGCGUGAGCAGGGAGAGGUCGGCGAUGCAGAUGCGGACGAGGAAUACAGCGACGCAGACGGAGCGCAGGGAGGACCCAGCGGCAUCGACGCGAUGACCGGCCGCUUGUACGCACAGCGCGCGGCUGCUGGGGAUUCUGGGACUGCUGGCGCUAGUAUUGCCAGAUUGCGCCGGCUUCGGUGCCCAUACCCGAACCUGAGAGACUUCUCGUUGUCGUCGUCGCCUUCGCAGCCCCUGCAGGCGGCGUGCGAGUACGUGUUUGGGCGCGCGUACGAUCUGCGCAGGCAUAUGGGGGCGGUGCAUGGUGUCGUACUGGAAAAGGAGACUGUGGAUGCGUGGGCGAGGCGCGUCAGGGCCGGGCUCGCGAGGGGCAGUUGA